AUGCAGGAUUCUCGUUUGCAUCCAUGCAAUGAACAUGGUCUCGCCCAACAAAUCCCCAAUGCGAGUAAUGGACCAUUGCUCGCAAACGGAGACGGAGCCAGCGCAGGCCCUCCCGGACUCUCGUUUGCGCACGAAUCCCGCGAAUGGCUGAGCUUUAUUCGUACAAGCUUGUUGCAGACAUUCUACGGGAUUUACUUCCGAUCCACAACAAGGGCAGGCAACUUCCUUGGGAAGAACUCACUAAUGAUAUUCCUGGGAUCUUCGGUGGAUCCUUGGAUACGAUACCAAGUGCUGCCGGUCCCGAGCUUGCUCAUGAGCUCUCUCUGCUUCAUAGCUUCUGUGUGCUUUCUGCUGGCCAUGGUGGGCAACACGUUGUAUAUGAUGUAUCAUCUUUCUGAGGUGGGUAAGACUAACCACAGACAUUUCCGUCUGUCCAUUGAGGAAUCUUUGAAGUAUGGUACUUCCGGCGUUAUCGAUGGAGUGACCUUCGGUCUUGUCCAUGAUUCUUGUGUCGUCUCCUUGCAAGGAGCCUUCAGGAAAGCUGCGGGAUCCAGCAUCUACCUCUCGUACCCCGAGCCCGUGGAAGCAAACGGGUUGUAUAUUGUUCACAACGGAACUUAUCCUACUAAGUUCUUGCUGGAAGCAUCUGAGGACUUGCAGACUUGGAGUGUCUACGGCGCUUCGUCCAAGCGAUUCACUUGCACUGGUUUCUUCCUGCUUGACUGGGUGUAUCGUCCAGACAUCGCGCAUGACUACACGAGGGAGUCUUCAUUUGCUUCCGAUGUUUGCCUGCAGCUGAGGCAGGAGGGGGACGACUCGAACUGUGACGGUCUGAUCUUCAUAAGCAACGGAUGGCGAUGGACGAUGCUCUUUCCAAUAGUUGGGAACAUGCUGAUCAUAGGGGCGCUGAUAUGUUGGAUUUACGUCUCAGUCAAAACAGAGUAUGCCAGCGUAAUGAAGUAUCCCCUGUUGAUCUUUUUGAUCUUGUGUGCUGCGGAGUCUCUGUCUUUUGCUAUCAUCUGGUGUACAUUGCCGACCCUGUCAGGUGUGACUCAGCCAGAGAACAGUAUGUAUGCAUGGGUUCUCUUUGUUUUGUAUCUUCUCUUAGCUGGGGCAGUCAACGUGAUGUAUGAAAAGUAUUUCUUGUCUAUUUGUAUAAUAUUCGAAAUUCUCUUCUUCAUCAGCGGUUAUGUCAACCUUUGGUAUGUGUACGGCAACUCGGUGCCCGUUUCAGAGUAUUUCUUGGCAUCUGUUUAUUUUGUCCUCAUCGCGGGAUUUUCUGCAGUCAUCCAUGCGAAAGGCGCCAAGAGAUUGCAUUUUGCAAACAAGAGGUUCGAAGGCUUUCGAACCAGAAUGAGGCAGAUGGUGGUUGACACCUUAGGGGAUACAAACGCGAGCUCAGUGUUGGACUCAAUAGAUAAAAAACUUGAGUUGCUGAGGUCCGGGAGGAGAAACACCGUAAUUCAAGAUUCUCCGUCCGCCAUGGACCUUGGUUCAAUGCGCUUCGAUCUCGCAGCAACCAUGGCCGACUUUGCCUCUGAUGCCGUCGUAUCUCAGGGGCCAAAGGACUCUCAUGUCGCUUGCCUUGACCAGUUGUUCAUCCAAGCAGAGAUGCUGAAGCCUUUCCUCAACGUGAAGGUGUUGGAGCUCGCGAUCAGGAACGAGGGCAUGUUGAAGUCAACGAGCGGGGAGUGGCUCUCUGCUCAAGAGCUCCAGAGUGACCCAGAAAUCUGUUCACGGGUGAAAUGGACGGAAAUCAAGAGCGUUCCGCGCAUUGUGAGCAAGAGCUUUUGUUCUUUGGAGGGGGAUUGUUCUCGGCUGACAGACAUCUGUCGGGAGAGGAUAGUCUUUGAAGACUUGAAAGCAAUCCGCAAGUGCCUGCUGCAUAUCAUACAAGAUCCGCAGAUUGUUGUGAUGUCCGGCAAAAACUCGAUGAAAGAUUGCCUCACGUCUACUCACGAGUAUCAUGUCGGCAUUGUACUGUCAGUUCGCCUCGCCAUGCCGCAGACUCACAGUCUUGGAAUUUCGCGCCAUGCGUGUGAGGUUCAACUCAUGCUCCGGAAGUUUGCAGAGUCGCAAGAUUCGACAAGUCAUGAAGACUACGUCGCAUACAGGAAUGCUUUUGACAGUCAGAAAACACGGGUGUUCUUUGACUUCAAGAAGACUCUGUCCUAUUGUGGCAAAGCGCACAAGUAUGCAAGCAGAGGCCCCACGUCUUCAGUCGCGAGUGAAACUCGAAACGCCGAUGUUUCCCACCCGUUGCUGGAGGAAAGCGAACACUGGGUUGAGAGGUUCUGUAGAUCGCGGGCCUGCCAUGCAGGCAAUGUGGUCAGCUCCCAGCUGUCUGUCAUUCACGAAGCAAUAGCGCGAGCAAGCUACAGCAGCUGCUUCUUCACCUCAACUCCCAUCGCUGCUGCUCUGUGCAAGCCCGUGUUCCAGAUGCUGUUCUGCUUGAUAGGUCUGGUGUACUUCAUUCAGGUCGGCUUCAUCGUUUACGGCUACAUGCACUCGGCACUCUUCGAGUACAAGGACUUCGUCUUCACAGUGAAGCAAUUUGACGGAGCCCCUCUCAACGAGGGGAACUUCACCCUCUCCUCGUUCGGGCUGCUGAGGAGGGGAUGCAGGGUAGCGUCCGCAUCUCGGAUCGUGCAGACAAGUCAAGUCUCUGCAGCGAUCUCCAUGAAGUCGUCGAUGGUUGCCGACGGGUGGUACUACGAGCUGCCAGCAGGGACCAAGUCCUCUGAUAUCCCGAUCUCCUUCCGCUUGGAAGGAUCGCAGGACGGGAGGAGCUGGAGCCUUGCUGGAGCCUCGUCCUUCAUCACAGGGGAGGCUGGCUGGGUUGCUCUGUCCGCAAGGCCCAAUGGGAACCUGAGGAACAAGUGGGGAUAUCAGUAUAACUACAUCCCGCCGACCAUAUGGCUUGUCUCGUGGCUGUUCUCCUACUUCCUGAGCGGGGUCUUGUACUGGAUUGCAGCGUUAUCGUCCGUCCUCCAUCUGUCUGUGUACGUCAAGCACAUCGGAGGAAUGGGAUACCUCUUCGACGUCAUCCUCACCUUGCUCCCCAUCCCAUGGCUGGUGGAGCAAGGGAACUCGGACGCAGCCAUAGAUUUCUUCUUGAGGGGAACGUGCUGGAUCAUGAUCGGGUACUUCAUCAGGUUUGCAGAGGCCUACUGGGUCAUCGUGAGUGCGUUCGUCGGGAUGUACUUCAUGGGGGUCGAAAUGAUCAUCAUGUUCCUCAUCCACGAGGACUCUCGGAACUUCUGGUUCCAGUUCCUAACCUCCUCCUUCAUACAGUUCGGAUCAGUGAUGUUCCUCUUCGGAGUCUUGUCCAUCGGUGCUCGCUGGCGCUUCCUGCUGAAGGCUGAAGAGUUGAUCAGAGGGGACAGAGACAGCUACAUGCACUGCUGGGAGAGGCUGUACGAGGACGAGUCCAACGUCGUCCACAUGGACAACCUGCAAGCCAUUGCCGACGCCGUCUCCUCCAAGGAGCGGAUCCGCCAGCGGGUCCCUGUGGACAUCGAGCAAGCUUGGAAGGACGUCGGCUUCCACGUCCCCUGCCGGAGGAACGACGUCAUCACUCGCAUCCAUUCCUUGCUACAUCCUGCUAGGCCUCAGUUCGAGGACGUGGAGUGUUUGGAUCAGCUGCUCGCGCAAGCGGAGGGUCUCGACUCGUCGAUGCGAUUCCUUUGCCAGCGGUGGGCGGCAGCAACCAACGGAUGCUUCCCGAUGCAAGGCAAGACAUUCAUGCGGUGGACGGAAGUGCUCGAGAAGAGGAUGACGGAUCAAGUCCAGUGGGCCAAGAUCAAGAGGCCGCUGAGGAUAAUCGAGAAGACCCUGCGCUCCUACCGCCACGACCCGAGCUACCUCUGCGACAUCUGCAGGCAGUGUAUCGUUUUCGAGACCAUGGAAGACCUUGACGUUGUGGUGGAGAGGAUCAAGAACAGGUUCGUCGCUCUCAAUCGUGGAUCGAAGCAUACCCUUCAGAAGGAGACAUACAACUCCCUGCACAGCACCGGCUACAGAGACGUCAUGGUCAACAUCCGGGUCGUCUCCGACCGAGCGAAGCAGCUGGGGCUGUCCUGGCACAUUUGCGAGCUGCAGCUCCUGCUGCUGGACUAUGCCAAGAUCAAGAGCGAGCUGGGGCACUCGCGGUACAUCCAGUGGAGGAAUACGAGGGGGGAGUGA